AUGAGCUCGUCAUACGAGAAUCAAUGGCUUGCGCCCGACGAAAAGCAGCAGCGAGGAGCCUCGCCAGCCAGUAGCCGUACCAGUGAUUCCAAACCAAGCAAAGCGUCUAGUGACGCUGGAAGCAGUCCUCAGAUCGCACAGCAGAACGACCAUCAAAAGCAGCAGCAGCAGCAACAACAGAACCCCAACCAACCACCUCGUAAAUCGCAAAAAGAAAUGACCAAGGCAGAGCGUCGUGCACUUCAAGAGCAACAGCGUUUGGAGAAACAAAGUCGAGUUGCAGCUGGUUUGCCAAAAUCUGCAAAAAAGGCAGCCGAGGCGGAAACGACUAACAAGAAGCCUCAGCAACAACAACAACAACAACAACAACAACAGCAGCAGCAACAGUCGUCUGGAGGAACCGACGAUAAACAAAAGAAGAAAGCGAGAGCAUCAAAGACUGAUCAAAACCAAGUUCCUUGGUUAAUGCAUUUGGAUUCUCCAAAGAGACCCGAGACGGGUGGAAACAAGGAUCUGCAUCCUGCAGUUUUGGUAUUGGGUCUGUACUUCUCGGAACACAAGAUUGUUGGUUCCAAUGCUAGAUGUGUGGCUAUGUUAGAAACAUUUUCCAAGGUCAUAGAGGAUCAUCGUCCACCAGCUGACGCCACGUUUGCACGAAACAUUCAAAAACACCUUGAUCCACAUAUUGCCUACCUUUUGGGAACCCGUCCAAUGUCGUUGAGUAUGCGUGAAUGUAUUCGAUGGCUUAAGAAGGAAAUUUCAGAUAUCGUAGAGGAAGAUCCUCCACUUUCGGACGAUGAGGCACGGAGUAGACUUAUCGAAGCCAUCGAGCAUUUUAUCCGUGAGCGUAUCACCAUGGCCGAUCAGUUAAUCGUUCAGAACGGCUUGCAGAAAAUUAAGGAUGGAGAAGUUAUAUUGACAUAUGGAAAGUCAUCGGUUGUUGAGAACCUGUUGCUAGAAACAAAGAAAAAGGGAAUCGACUUUAAGGUUAUUAUUGUCGAUAGCCGUCCCCUAUUUGAAGGCAAGCAUCUUCUGCGACGGUUAGCAGCAGCUGGAAUCGAUUGCUCAUACUAUCUGCUGUCAAGUGUCUACGUUGCCUUGCGAUCUGUUACUAAGGUGAUCAUGGGUGCACAUGCGUUGCUUAACAACGGUGCAGUGUAUUCCCGUGUUGGAACUGCAAUGGUUGCUAUGGCUGCCCGUGACAAACAGAUUCCUGUAAUGAUCUGCUGUGAGACGUACAAGUUCGUCAACCGUACUCAGGUCGACUCAUUGGUUUUGAACGAGAUUGGAAAUCCGGAUGAGCUUGUCGACACAAAGCCAGUCUAUAACUCUUGCCAUCAAAUACAUCCUACUCCGAAAGAAUCGGCAUUAUCCUCCUGGCGAGAUCAACCAAACCUGAGAUUACUUAACUUGUUAUAUGAUGUAACGCCAUCCAAAUAUAUUUCCCUCGUCGUAACAGAAGUCGGUCUUAUUCCUUGUACUUCGGCGCCUGUGAUUUGGCGUGAAUAUAAGUAA